CUUCCCUAGCUCACGUGAUCGCGCCUAGGGAGAAAACGCCUGACCCCAGCCCCCGGCCUUCAAGGCUCGGCUUUUUCUUCCUUCGGCUGGUCGGCCUGUCGCCUUUCAGCUACCUGUGCGUCCCUCGUUCCCGUCCCGGGGUCCCCCCGGAGGCUAUCGGCCAUGCGGCUUUUGCCUCUAGCCCCAGGUCGGCCCGGGUGGGGCAGCCCCCGCCACCUGCCCUCCUGCAGCCCAACGCUGCUGCUGCUGCUGGUGCUGGGCGGCUGCCUGAGGGUCUCCGGGGUGGCGGCGGGAACCCGGAGGCCCAACGUGGUGCUGCUCCUCACGGACGACCAGGACGAAGUGCUCGGCGGCAUGACACCACUAAAGAAAACCAGAGCACUCAUUGGAGAGAUGGGGAUGACUUUUUCCAGCGCUUAUGUGCCAAGUGCUCUCUGUUGCCCCAGCAGAGCCAGUAUCCUGACAGGAAAGUAUCCACAUAAUCAUCACGUUGUGAACAACACUCUAGAGGGGAACUGCAGUAGUAAGUCCUGGCAGAAGAUCCAGGAACCAAACACUUUCCCAGCAAUUCUCAGAUCAAUGUGUGGUUACCAAACCUUUUUUGCAGGGAAAUAUUUAAAUGAGUAUGGAGCCCCAGAUGCAGGUGGACUAGAACAUGUUCCUCUGGGCUGGAGUUACUGGUAUGCCUUGGAAAAAAAUUCUAAGUAUUAUAAUUACACCCUCUCUAUCAAUGGAAAGGCACGGAAGCAUGGUGAAAACUAUAGUGUGGACUACCUGACAGAUGUUUUGGCUAAUGUCUCCCUGGACUUCCUGAACUACAAAUCCAACUUUGAGCCCUUCUUCAUGAUGAUCGCCACUCCAGCGCCUCAUUCACCUUGGACAGCUGCACCUCAGUACCAGAAGGCUUUCCAGAGCAUCUUUGCACCAAGAAACAAGAACUUCAACAUCCAUGGAACGAACAAGCACUGGUUAAUUAGGCAAGCCAAGACUCCAAUGACUAAUUCUUCAAUACAGUUUUUGGAUAAUGCAUUUAGGAAAAGGUGGCAAACUCUCCUCUCAGUUGAUGACCUUGUGGAGAAACUGAUCAAGAGAUUGGAGUUCACUGGGGAGCUGAACAACACUUACAUCUUCUAUACCUCAGACAAUGGCUAUCACACAGGACAGUUUUCCUUGCCAAUAGACAAGAGACAGCUGUAUGAGUUUGAUAUCAAAGUUCCACUGCUGGUUCGAGGGCCUGGGAUCAAACCAAAUCAGACAAGCAAGAUGCUGGUUGCCAACAUUGACUUGGGUCCUACUAUUUUGGACAUUGCUGGCUACGAUCUAAAUAAGACACAGAUGGAUGGGAUGUCUUUAUUGCCCAUUUUGAGAGGUGCCAGUAACUUGACCUGGCGAUCAGAUGUCCUGGUGGAAUACCAAGGAGAAGGCCGUAACGUCACUGACCCAACAUGCCCUUCUCUGAGUCCUGGCGUAUCUCAAUGUUUCCCAGACUGCAUAUGUGAAGAUGCUUAUAACAACACCUAUGCCUGUGUGAGGACAAUGUCAGCGUUGUGGAAUUUGCAGUAUUGCGAGUUUGAUGACCAGGAGGUGUUUGUAGAAGUCUAUAAUCUGACUGCAGACCCCGACCAAAUCACUAACAUUGCUAAAAAUAUAGACCCAGAGCUUUUAGGAAAGAUGAACUAUCGGUUAAUGAUGCUACAGUCCUGUUCUGGACCAACCUGUCGCACUCCAGGGGUUUUUGACCCCGGAUACAGGUUUGACCCCCGUCUCAUGUUCAGCAAUCAUGGCAGUGUCAGGACCCGAAGAUUUUCGAAACAUCUUCUGUAGUGACCUCACACAGCCUCUUCAGUUGGAUCCCUGCACGCCUCUUUCUGAUGAAGUGAUUGUAGUAGGUGUCUGUAGCUAGUCUUCAAGACCACACCUGGAAGAGUUUCUGGACUGGCUUUCAGUCCUGUUUGAAACAGCAACCCCAUCGGCUGACUUCCUCGUGCAAUGCGUUCAACUGUGAACUCUGCCUGUGUGUCAGGAGUGGCCGUCUCUGGUCUCUUCUUCAGCUGAUAAGGACACUCUGAGGUAUUUGUUCUCACCAUAUUCUUUCUGUCCUGGGGCCGCAAUUCUUGAUUAUUCCUCAUGUGGUUAAAGUCUGAAUUUGUAAAUCCAUUCAGAUAAAUGGCAGUACUUUAGGACACACACUCCCCUCCCUACCUUUGGAUAUAGCUUGACCUAAAAUCGAAGGACCUGUGUAGCAUUUCACAUUGAGCACCUCACUAUCAAAAAUACUAACAUCACAUGGCUUGAAGAGCAACCAUCAGAGCUGAAUCACCCAAGUAAGAACAAGUACCAUUGUUGAUAGAUAAGUAGAGAUAUAUUUUUUAUGAUGUCCAUCACAGUGUGGUAAGGUUGCAAAUUCAAAACAUGUUACCCAAGCUCUGUUCGGUUUUUUUUUUUUGGGGGGGCGGGGGGAAUUCUAGGCUGGUGCUGCAUUGAAUUAGAGCAGCAAGCUUGUGAUAAAGGCCAAUUCCAGGUAGCUCUUGAAGGUGAUAGCCAUCUACUUUCCAGUCGCUGCCAACCACAGGGAGUGCCAGUUAACACUGGAAGGACUGAGGAAAGGUCUCUUCUCUUGAGACUCCCUCUGAGGUCUGAAAAGUAAAGUGUAGGAACAUCACCAGGGAAGAACUGCCAAGAGUUGGUGAAGGUUGUGUCUUCUGAAGACAGUGCUCUUGAAUAGACAGGUGGAAGGGCUGUACCUGGGAUAAAGGAAGGAAGUGUCUCUCUAGCAGGGAGCUUGAGUUUCAGUUGCAUGCAUGAAGUCAUUGACUCUCUCUGCAUUUUUCUGUCAUUCUGUUCAUUUGUUUUAAGAUGGAAAAUUUUCUUGUAGUUGAUGUGAAGUAUCAACUACUUUACCCUGCCUUCUCCCUUUUAGAUGGGUUCUUCCUGAGUUUUUGGAGUCUUGUGUGAUUAGGGCCCCAUUCAGUAUUCCCCCGUCAAAAUCACAUCUAUUUAGGUUUCUUCACUGUUGAGAACACCUAAAUUUUUUUUAAUUUUACUUUUUUUUUUUUUUUUUUGCAGGGAGGAGGGGUGGACAGUCUUGCUGUGUUACCCAGGCUGGAGUAUAGUGGGGCAAUUUCCGCUCAGUGCACCCUCAGCCUCCUGGGUUCAAGGGACUCUCCUGCCUCAGCCUCCUGAGUAGCUGGAAUUGCAGGCACCCACCACCACACCCAGCUAAUUUUUUGUAUUUUCAGUAGGGACGAGGUUUCACCAUGUUGGCCAGGCUAGUCUCAAACUCCUGACCUCAUGAUCCACCCACCUGGCCGAGAACACCUAAAUUUUUAGGUUUCUUGGCUCAAAAACCAAUUCCAUUUCUAAUGUUUUCUUCACAAGAAGGCUAAUUUGUGGUGAGACAGCAGGGGAGGAGGAAGAGCUGUGGUUUAUAACUUACUCAACUCAGGCGAUAAGCGAUUUUAGCUUUAUUUAAAGUCUUCUGUCCAGCUUUAAGCACUUGAUAAGACAUGGCUGAAAGUAGCUUUUCUAUCAGAAUUGCAGAUAGUCAUGUUGGGUAAACAGCCAUUGGAUUUAUUACUUUACCUCACAUGAUCCCAGCAACUGUGGUGGUAUCUAGGCAAGUGAAAUGAACACCUCUGCUGUGAAUGUUUUACAGAAGGAAAUUCAAAAAAAUGUUGUAACUAAAAGCAAACUACAUUGUUGAAUAUGGGUUUCGGCUUUCUUUUUCACUUUGAUUCUUAACAUUAUCAGUCAACUUCCACAUUAAUGAAAGUUGACCAUAGUUAUUUCCAAAUAAAAAGAAACCAACUCUUACCAGGUCUUGGACUGUGAUGUCAUAUUAUUCAGUUUUAUGCUGGUUCCUGAGAGCAGAAGUCAUAAGAGUGACACAGUCAGCUGCUGAUAGCACCUCUGCCACACUGCUCUUACAUUCAGUUCACUGGGUGUGCUUCAGUGGUGGGAUAUGGUGUGCCCCUGUCUCUACACUCUUCUAGUUUUCGUAUAUUUCCUAUCUAGCCUUCAAACAAACAGCUUCCAGUUUUAGUUUUUUUCUUGGACUGGCUUCAUUCUGAAUCUGUGCUAAAAUCGUCUUUCAUAAAGAGACCUCACUUUAUAGCCUAACAGACUACAGAAUGCACUGAUGUUUUCAUAGUAUUUAAGGGACCCACUGCAAGAAGCUUGCUUUCUUUUAUUUGUAUUCAUUUAGAUUUUGAUUUUCCAUGUUAAGAAGGUGAGGUCCAUGUUGGUGCCCUUUGGAGUAGAGAACCAUAUAAACACUGGGAAUCAACAGAGGCCUUAGGAAUGAAUAGUUUGCCUUAUACAAGUUCCUGUUACAAAGCUCUCCCUCACAUACAAAGUAGAUGACACCUUUUGAGCAUCUUUGAAUUUGACAUAUGGUGCUGUUAUUUUUUGAGAUGGAGUCUCGCUGUUGUCAGCCGGGCUGGAAUGCAAUGGAGCGAUCUCAGCUCACUGCCACUUCCACCUCCUGGGUUCCAGCAGUUCUCCUGCCUCAGCCUCCCAAGUAGCUGAGACUACAGGCGCCUACCACCACGCCCAGCCAGUUUUUGUAUUUUUAGUAGAGAUGAGGUUUCACGAUGUUGACCAGGCUGGCUGAACUCCUGACCUCAGGCGAUCCACCUGCCUCGGCCUCCCAAAGUGCUGGGAUUACAGGUGUGAGCCACUGCGCCUGGCCUGCAAACACAUUUUAAUUGACAACAAACACUAGGGCUCUUGCACAAAAAAAUGAUAGCCAUGGAAGUAUCACCUUAUUCUAUGAGAGCUGUUCUUAAGUGUCUAAGGUUUAGUGUUCUUUUUAAAGGAAAGUUGUCCCAGGAUUCAUACUAAAGAAAGCAAAAGUUAUUUCAACUGAUCCACCAAUGGAAUUAGAUGGGUAGAGUUGGGUUCUUGAGUUUUACCACCACUUAAUUCCCUCUGAAUUUUGUAACUUCCUGUGUUUCAUCCUCUGUUCCUUAUUCUGCCCUUGCUCUGUGUCAUCUCAGUCAAAUAUUUGACUUAGAAAGUGCCCUUCAAAAGGACCCUGUUCACUGCUGCACUUUUCAAUGAAUUAAAAUUUAUUUCCUUUCUAG